AUGGCGUCGACGCGCACCGAGAUCGAGGCCUACGCCUUCCGCCAGCUCGUGGCGCACCUCCAGGCUCGGACGGACUCCCAGAACAUCGACAUGAUGAACCUCGCGGGAUUCUGCCGCAACUGCCUGAGCAAGUGGUACCUCAAGGGCGCCCGCGUGCAAGGGGACGCGCACAUGACCUACGACGAGGCGCUGGAGAUUGUGUACGGCGAGCCCUACGGAGAUUGGAAGAAGAAACACCAGUCGAAAGCCACCGACGAGCAGAUGGCCGCGUUCGAGGGUAACAAGCACCUGCACGCCAAGCACGAGAAGGAUCUCCUCGAUCCUCCAGCACCCCGGCCCGAGGGCGCCGCCCCGCCGCCUAAACCCAGCCCCACCGUCCUCUCCGACGUGUGCUGCACUCCCGCGGACGAGUGCGCGCCACCGGGCGCGGCGGCAUCGGCGGCGGCACCCGGGUCGUUCCAAGGCGGCCCGGUCGCCAUCCGACUCGGCAUCCUCACCGUCAGCGAUCGAGCGUCAAACGGAGAGUACGCCGACGAGAGCGGCCCGGCGGUCUUCGAAGCCGUCGCCCGCAUGGCGGCGGAAAACCCGCGCGGGUUAAAGUUAGAUUUGGCCGCCACGUCGCGUCGCGUCGUUCCCGACGAUAAGGCGCGCAUCGCGUCCGCCAUCGCGGAGAUGACGGCGACGGGGUGCAACCUGGUGUUGACCACGGGGGGCACGGGUUGCGCGCCGCGCGACGUCACCCCAGAGGCGACGGCGUCGGUGCUUCACAAGCUCGCGCCGGGGAUCGUUCACGCGAUGACGUCCCAGGCGCUGGCGCACGAGCCGCACGCGGCGCUGAGUCGGGGAAUCGCGGGGAUAAGAGACCGGUGCAUGGUGAUCAACCUGCCGGGCCGGCCGAGAGCCGCGGCGGACAACGCGAGCGCGCUGGCGCCGGUGCUCGUCCACGCCCUGCGCCAGGUCAGCGGCGACUGA